AUGCUGCCGGCGGCCGCUCGCCCCCUCUGGGGGCCGUGUCUCGGACUCCGAGGAGCCGCGCUCCGCCUCGCCAGGCAACAGGUGCCCACCGUCUGCGUCUUGAGGCUCGUGAGGACCAGCAGCCAUCGCAGGGCCGAGGCACUGGCCAGCGCCCCCCUGGAUAACGCCCCCAAAGAGUACCCACCGAAGAUCCAGCAGCUAGUCCAGGACAUUGCCAGCCUCACCCUCCUGGAGAUCUCUGACCUCAACGAGCUGCUGAAGAAGACGCUCAAGAUCCAAGAUGUUGGCCUUGUGCCCUCCGGCGUGAUGCCAGGAGCUGCCCCUGCCGCUGUCCCCACCACUGCUUCCGAGGAGGUGGAAGAAGAUGUUCCCAAGAAGAAAGAGCAGACACAUUUCACCGUCCGCCUGACUGAGGCCCAGCCUGUGGACAAGGUGAAGCUCAUCAAGGAGAUCAAGAACUACGUCCAGGGCAUCAACCUGGUCCAGGCAAAGAAGCUGGUGGAGUCAUUACCCCAGGAGAUCAAAGCCAAUGUGGCCAAGGCUGAGGCAGAGAAGAUCAAGGAGGCACUGGAGGCAGUGGGGGGCACUGUGGUGCUGGAGUAG